AUGGUUUUCGAAUAUAUUGAUGACUGUUGCACCUCAUGGUCCGGCUCGAGCUACGAGUUCACCACAGUCAACGGUCUUCACUCUUUUGGCCGCGCCUGUGCCUCUCGUUUCUAUCCGCUCGCCUAUCUCAUUGUCCCCCUACCCUAUCAAAGCAUGAGACUUGUGGCGUUCGCCUUGGCAGCGGCUCCGCUAACCGCAAUGGGUGCCAAACCGAGCACAUGCUACUGUAUGCCUGGCGACACCUGCUGGCCAUCUUCCACAACUUGGUCGCAAUUCAACUCUACUGUAGGCGGGCGCCUCAUCGCGACCGUCCCCAUAGGCUCACCCUGCCAUGACCCUAACUAUGACGCCGCCGCUUGUGCGGCUUUGCAGGAAGAAUGGACGCUUCCAACGCCACAUCUUGAAUCCUCCUCUUCGUUGAUGCAGACAUACUUUGCCAACCAGAGUUGCGACCCCUUUACCGCUCAGGACAAGCCUUGCGUGCUUGGCAACUAUGUCAGCUACGCAGUCGACGUCGCGUCCACUGCCGAUGUGGCUGCUACGGUCAACUUCGCCAAGAAGAACAACAUCCGUCUUGUGAUUCGCAACACUGGUCAUGACUUCUUCGGCCGUUCCACUGGUGCUGGUUCCUUGGCUGUCUGGACACACAACCUCGACUCUGUCGAGGUGACUUCUUGGUCUGAUUCUGCCUACUCUGGUGCGGCCAUGAAAUUCGGUGCUGGUGUACUUGGCUACAAGGCUACCCAAGCUGCCCAUGAGGCAGGUCUCGUUGUCGUGGGGGGAGAGUGUCCUACUGUUGGUAUUGCUGGUGGCUUCACCCAGGGCGGUGGCCAUUCCGUCUUGUCGACCGAGUUUGGACUUGCUGCCGACCAGACCCUUGAAUUUGAGGUGGUCACCGCCGCCGGCACAGUUGUAACCGCUUCCCGCAAGGUGAACUCUGAUCUCUACUGGGCUCUGUCUGGUGGCGGCCCUGGCACCUUCGGCGUUGUCACGUCUUUAACGGUUCGGGCGUUUCCUGAGACGACCAUUGGCGGAGCAACGCUCGCCCUAUCUGCGGCGUACACCACUCAAGACCUUUUCAACGAGGCUGUCACAGCCUUCCACGCCAUGCUGCCCAACAUGACAGACCUUGGAGCUAGUGUUGCAUAUCUACUCACGAACCAAGUCCUGCAGCUCAACCCGGUGACCGUUUAUAACUCCACUGGCGACUAUGUCAAGAACACCGUUCUUGCGCCUUUCAUUGCCAAGUUGGCCGAGCUUGGUGUGCCCUCAUCCAGCAGCUUCACUUCGCUCUCUUACAACGACCAUUACGAGAAAUAUAUGGGACCCCUUCCUAACGGCCAUCUCGCGGUCAAUUCGUACCAGUUUGGUUCCCGCCUGAUCCCCCGCAGCGUGGUUGAGACCAACAAUGAGGGUUUCAAUGCCGUGGUUCAGAACCUGACGGCGCAUGGUGUCAUCGCCGGUGUCACAGCUGCCAGCUAUGCCAACGUGCAGCAGGCGUCAAACUCUGUGCACCCAGCUUGGCGGUCUUCUAUCAUGCAGUUGCAGAUAAUAACCCUCUGGGACAAUUCUCCCGACGCGUGGAGCAAAAAUCUGGCUGCGCAAAAGCAGAUGACAAACGAGUUUGUGCCCCAGGUGAUGGCGAUCACCCCGGGGAGUGGAACGUAUAUCAAUGAGGCCGACUUCAACCAGCCCAAUUGGAAGGAAGACUUCUUCGGGCCAAACUACAACCGGUUAUUGGCUAUCAAGAACAAGUGGGAUCCCACGGGAGUUUUCUAUAUUUUGAAAGGCAUUGGUAGCGAUGCUUGGACUGUGGCUGCUGAUGGGAGGAUGUGCCGAGCUUAA